ACUUCCGCUGGAAUUGCGAUUGCGGAGGGACGCGUGUGCGAUCUAAAGUUAUUCCAUAGCGUUGUUUCGAUUUUUCUUCAAAUGAAUUUUUUACCAGUAUGAUCUGAUUGCAUGCUGUUCGUCGCAAAAUCACGGCAGAAUGGAUCUUGUACAGCGAGUGUUCACUUUCCUUACAUUUUUCGUCUGUUGCGGGUGCUUGGCGUUUUUGACAGUUUCGCUGGCGACUCAAGAAUGGAUCUCUGCAAAGCCGUUUAUGUUGGUGUACGUCACUAAUGAUUCGAUUCCGCAGAGUGAAAAUGAGGGAAAAUUCAGAGGAGAGGUAACGUUUGGUCUCUUCCACGGUAAAAAAGUACUCAAUUAUGGACUGGGUCCCAGGCAUUCAACUUUCAGCCUGAAAGAAGAGAUGACCAAGAACCCCACACUGAUGAUAUUUGCGCUGUGGUUGGUCACAGUACUAGGUAUCUCUUUGGCCAUAAUAUUUGGUCUCGUGAGCUGCAUAUUUGCGGUCAUUAACUCAGUAAUGACGCCAGUUGAGACUGUUACGGGCCGAGUGGGUCUUUACCUGUGGAAUGGAGUUGGAGCCCUUUUCUGUCUGACUGCCAUCAUAGCCUGGGUGGUGCAGUUCUACCUCAAGUUACAGAGAAACGUCAUGACAGUGGAGGAGCAACAGGACAGGUGGACCUCGGACGGAAGGGCUUCCUUGGGUUACAGCUUCUACUUCCUCGUCGUCGCUUUGGGCCUGUUCUGCGUCAAUAUCUGCAUCCUUGCCAUUACGAGCCUCCAGCCCUGGGAGUGGAAAAAGCCGAAACGCAUUGCGCCCAAGAACCCAGAGGGGGUCAUAAUGCUCUACUAAAAAAUGCAAUCAUGGUUACAGCCAGUUGACCCGUGAGAUAACAUCUCCUAACCUGCCAUAGGGUUAGUACAAACAUUAGAGGUUGUUUGUACUGGAGUAAUGCAGAAACCACUCUUAGAGAAGCGGUGUGACGCAGUGUCAGCCAAAUCCGGUUCCAGUGGCGGAUCCAGUGGAUUUCACUCUCUCCCCUCCCCCAAACCGAGGGUCUGGAUCCGCCCCUGGCUGGUUCCCCCCGUGAUAUUCUGCAGCAAUAAAAGAGAUGAAAACAGA